AUGGUCAAUGUGACGACGUCACCCAGCAGCAAUGCCACCUCAGAGGGUCUGACUGAGGGGGGGCUGGUGGUCCUGGGCCAGAGGGAAAAUUACAACUACUUUGCCCUGGUGCUGGGCGUGCCCCUCAUCCUGAUCAUCAUCCUGGGCAACGUACUUGUGUGUCUGAGCGUGCUCACUGAGCGCUCCCUGAAGACUGCCACCAACUACUUCAUUAUCAGCCUGUCUGUGGCCGACCUACUGCUGGCUGUACUGGUGCUGCCCCUCUACGUCUACUCUGAGGUGAGUAGUGUAUGUGUGUAUGUGUGUGUGUGUAUGCAUGCGUGUAAGUUGACCAUCCCUCCAUGACCUCUUAAAUUGAAGAAACACAUACACAUACCUAAUUACCUGCCCUAUCUGUCUCUUCGUAGUUUAAAGUCCACUGCUAACAGGACUGACAACUUGUUAACCUGGUGUUGUUGUUGUUGUUGCUGUGUGUCCCAGUUCCUGGGUGGAAUCUGGACCCUGAGCACAUACAUCUGUGAUGCUCUGAUGACCAUGGACGUCAUGCUGUGCACCGCCUCCAUCCUCAACCUGUGUGCCAUCAGUGUGGACAGGUGAGUCCUUCUGUCUCAACUUCACCUGGACACUAUGGUAACACAUGGCUGUCAGUUCACACUAGUUUUCAAUACCACACCUGUCCCUCUCUGACCUGUCUAGUUACGGUACACUGGACUCUGAAACCUGGUAACACCACAUGUCCACCCACAGGGCACAAACUGGUUGAAUCAACGUUGUUUGAAUGUAAUUUGUCAACAUAUUGUGACGUGGAAUAUAUGUGGAAAAUACAUCUGUAAUAAUCUUUGCAGAAUCUCGAACAGCAUUGAUCACUUGCACCAUGUACUUUUAAUGCAAUCUCAACUGCAAUCCAGGUCAUUUGGUUAUGCUAUUAGAUGAAGCACAGUAAUAAACCACAAAUCAGACGUUGUUUUGCAUAGGAAUUUGUUUGUGCCUUUAGAUGGUUGAAAGCAUAGUGAAAAUAGAAUGGAUAUUCAACUAACUUUUGUCUGUCUUUUUGAGUGGGUGAAUAUAGGUUGUAAUACCUUUGAUCAAUGUGUCAACCAAAUAUUACCCAAUUAUCCACGUUGAAAUGAUGUGCUGUGCCCAUUGGGCAGUCUCCAGUAUGAUUUCAGUUAACAAAGAAUUACAAAGAACUACAGUGGGGGAAAAAAGUAUUUAGUCAGCCACCAAUUGUGCAAGUUCUCCCACUUAAAAAGAUGAGAGAGGCCUGUAAUUUUCAUCAUAGGUACACGUCAACUAUGACAGACAAAAUGAGAAGAAAAAAAAUCCAGAAAAUCACAUUGUAGGAUUUUUAAUGAAUUUAUUUGCAAAUUAUGGUGGAAAAUAAGUAUUUGGUCAAUAACAAAAGUUUCUCAAUACUUUGUUAUAUACCCUUUGUUGGCAAUGACACAGGUCAAACGUUUUCUGUAAGUCUUCACAAGGUUUUCACACACUGUUGCUGGUAUUUUGGCCCAUUCCUCCAUGCAGAUCUCCUAUAGAGCAGUGAUGUUUUGGGGCUGUCGCUGGGCAACACAGACUUUCAACUCCCUCCAAAGAUUUUCUAUGGGGUUGAGAUCUGGAGACUGGCUAGGCUACUCCAGGACCUUGAAAUGCUUCUUAUGAAGCCACUCCUUCGUUGCCCGGGUGGUGUGUUUGGGAUCAUGGUCAUGCUGAAAGACCCAGCCAAGUUUCAUCUUCAAUGCCCUUGCUGAUGGAAGGAGGUUUUCACUCAAAAUCUCACGAUACAUGGCCCCAUUCAUUCUUUCCUUUACACGGAUCAGUCGUCCUGGUCCCUUUGCAGAAAAACAGCCCCAAAGCAUGAUGUUUCCACCCCCAUGCUUCACAGUAGGUAUGGUGUUCUUUAGAUGCAACUCAGCAUUCUUUGUCCUCCAAACACGACGAGUUGAGUUUUUACCAAGAAGUUAUAUUUUGGUUUCAUCUGACCAUAUGACAUUCUCCCAAUCCUCUUCUGGAUCAUCCAAAUGCACUCUAGCAAACUUCAGACGGGCCUGGACAUGUACUGGCUUAAGCAGGGGGACACGUCUGGCACUGCAGGAUUUGAGUCCCUGGCGGCGUAGUGUGUUACUGAUGGUAGGCUUUGUUACAUUGGUCCCAGCUCUCUGCAGGUCAUUCACUAGGUCCCCCCGUGUGGUUCUGGGAUUUUUGCUCACCGUUCUUGUGAUAAUUUUGACCCCACGGGGUGAGAUCUUGCGUGGAGCCCCAGAUCGAGGGAGAUUAUCAGUGGUCUUGUAUGUCUUCCAUUUCCUAAGAAUUGCUCCCACAGUUGAUUUCUUCAAACCAAGCUGCUUACCUAUUGCUGAUCAGUCUUCCCAGCCUGGUGCAGGUCUACAAUUUUGUUUCUGGUGUCCUUUGACAGCACUUUGGUCUUGGCCAUAGUGGAGUUUGGAGUGUGACUGUUUGAAGUUGUGGACAGGUGUCUUUUAUACUGAUAACAAGUUCAAACAGGUGCCAUUAAUACAGGUAACGAGUGGAGGACAGAGGAGCCUCUUAAAGAAGAAGUUACAGGUCUGUGAGAGCCAGAAAUCUUGCUUGUUUGUAGGUGACCAAAUACUUAUUUUCCACCAUAAUUUGCAAAUAAAUUCAUAAAAAAUCAUACAAUGUGAUUAUCUGGAGAAAAAAAAUCUCAUUUUGUCUGUCAUAGUUGACGUUACAGGCCUCUCUCAUCUUUUUAAGUGGGAGAACUUGCACAAUUGGUGGCUGACUAAAUACUUUUUUCCCCCACUGUACCACAAUAUCUCUGAAUUAUUAGUUUGAACAAGGAAAAGCUUUUCUUCAAGAAAUACCCUGGGUAUACUCUUUAUUCCCACUUAUGAAAGCAACACAGAGAGCCAUUAAAAACACCAAAAACAAUAUCUUCAACUUGCAAGUUCAAUAUUAAUUUCUAAUAUCUGUAGCGAGCUCUGUAGCGAGCCCUGUCACUCACUGUAAUCCCCCAAAUCAUUCUGCAAGACAGUGAGAAGAGCGUAGGGAGACCAUUAGCAGACAUCACACAGUGAAUGUAACUGAUGGCUGUGGUCUAUAGGAGGCUAAUGGAACCAUAGCUCUGGAACCCCUCAUCGACCCAAUCAUCAAGGCCACUAAUUACUCAACACAGAGAGAAGCAAACUCACGCCAACCACCCAGGGGACUCUAUCCCAAACAACAUCUAAGGGCUCAGUGUGACCGAGAGUUUCUAAGGCAAAGCAAAAACAAGUUGACUGUAAAAUAUAAGAUAAGCAUUAAAAAGGUUCCACACAGCACACACUUCCUGCUAGUUAAAUGUUAUAUCCCUAGUGUUUUGCAGCUUGUGAGACUGACAGGUUCUAUAGCAUUGUGGAGUGAUUAGAUUUCAGAAUGUAACAACACGACAUGGUAUCUAAUCAAUAGAUUAAGAUUAAUUGGAUUUAUAAGACUGGAGAAGCAGGGUAGAGCCAGGUUGUGGGGGGUGGAGUAGAGUGGAGUUACGAAUUAAGGUGAAUAUUAUUGUAACUUUAUCUGGGGUGAAUAUUAUUGUAACUUUAUCUGUGGCAUUCCAGUGCCUCCACAUCUAAGUUUACUUUGAACCUGUAGGACCACAGAACAGCUUUGAACAACUUUGAGGUUUUUCAAAUGUUUCCAAAACAGCCACUAUGUCCUCUGAGUACUUCCCUGCUGUGUUGGCCUGUUUGAAGUCCCUCCAUGUUAAAUUGAUGUAUUUAUGUAUUUUAAAUGUAGACUAUGUUAUUCGCUUUGAUCCGUGUCCCUGCAGGGACAUAGCCAUGGUGACAGUAGUGCCCCUGAAGUACAACAGGUGUGCUCCAUGUAUUUCAAAUGUAUUUUAUCCCCUAUGACAUGUGUGUCCCUACAGGUACAUAGCGGUGGUGGUGCCCCUGAAGUACAACAGGAACCAGUUCAGCCUGCGGCAGCUGGUCCUCAUUACGGCCACCUGGGUUCUCUCCCUGGGCGUCGCCAGUCCCGUCAUCUUCGGCCUCAACCAGGUGCCGGGCCGCGACCCCACCGUGUGCAAGCUGGAGAACGACAGCUUUGUGGUAUACUCCUCCGUGUGCUCCUUCUUUGUGCCUUGCCCCGUCAUGCUCUUCCUGUACUACUGGAUGUUCCGGGGGUUGAGACGCUGGAGCUCAGGCAGGAGCCGCUCCCAGCUGACGAGGGGAGGAAAACGGAGCCUGUCCCUGCGCCUCAGCUCCGCCUUGCAGAGGGAGAACGCAGGGGACAGGGCGGGGGCCAAGGAGAAGGUGGUGUACCUCAUGCCUACAGGGCUCAGCCCGAUGUCACCGUCAGCUGUAUCGAUGGCAUCGCCCACGGCGACCCUGGGGGUGGAGGACAAGCAACAGGAUGGUGUGGGGGCGAGUGUGGCGGAGAGCGACCCCAUGACUACCCAGAUGGACAGCAUUUCGGACGCGGACCCCACGGAGAGGCCGCCUAGGCAGGGGAAGAGCCUGAAGGAGAAUGGGCUGGCCCACACUAAGGCCACCAAGAGGGGGCGCCGCAACAGCAAG